AUGAAGAGGCUGAGGAAUCUGGACGCUUACCCUAAAAUCAAUGAAGAUUUCUACAAGCGGACUCUUUCCGGUGGUCUCAUCACCCUCCUUUCUUCCCUCGUCAUGCUCAUUCUCUUCUUCUCCGAGCUUCGGCUUUAUAUGCACCCGGUGACGGAGACGCAGCUCCGUGUGGAUACAACAAGAGGAGAGAAGCUACGCAUCAAUUUUGAUGUAACAUUCCCUGCGCUUCAAUGCUCCAUUAUUAGUAUUGAUACUAUGGAUAUCAGCGGAGAGAGGCACCUUGAUGUCAGACAUGAUAUAUUUAAAAGAAGAUUAGACUCUCAUGGCAAUCUCAUCGAGGCCAAACAAGAUGGCAUCGGUCAUACUAAGAUUGAGAAACCUUUACAGAAACAUGGUGGAAGGUUGGAGCACAAUGAAACGUAUUGCGGUUCUUGUUUUGGAGCUGAAGAGACGGAUGAUGCUUGUUGUAAUUCAUGUGAGGAAGUUCGUGAAGCUUACCGAAAGAAAGGUUGGGGCCUUUCUGACCCUGAAUCUAUCGACCAGUGUAAAAGAGAAGGCUAUGUGCAAAAGGUGAAAGACGAAGAAGGUGAAGGUUGUAACGUUCACGGUUUCGUGGAAGUUAACAAAGUCGCUGGGAAUUUUCAUUUUAUUCCUGGACAAAGCUUUCAUCAAUCCGGUUUUCAGUUUCAUGAUAUGAUAAUGUUCCACCAAGGCAACUACAAUAUUAGCCACAAGAUCAACCGCUUAGCCUUUGGGGACUUUUUCCCCGGUGUAGUCAACCCUCUAGAUGGGGUGCAGUGGAAUCAGGAUAAACAGAAUGGAGUGUACCAAUAUUUCAUCAAGGUGGUACCAACCAUAUACACUGAUGUUCACGGGAAUACUAUUCAGUCAAACCAAUUCUCUGUGACAGAACAUUUCCAGAAUGCGGAAGCAGGUCGUAUGCAAUCCCCACCUGGUGUUUUCUUCUACUAUGAUCUGUCCCCAAUCAAGGUGAUAUUUGAGGAGCAGCAUGUGGAGUUCUUGCACUUCCUAACAAAUGUGUGUGCUAUAGUAGGAGGUAUCUUCACGGUAUCAGGAAUAGUGGACUCGUUCAUAUAUCAUGGACAACGAGCGAUUAAGAAAAAAAUGGAGAUUGGUAAAUUCAACUGAGUU